UAAUAACAAGAGAUACCAGAUAUUUUUUACGUAAUAAAAAUCUCAUCCCCUCUGAUUGAUGACGAAGACAAAUACGUCAUCGUUGGUAUAAUAAAUAAAAAGAAUAAUCAUAAAAUAAAAUAAUCGUCUUCCUUAUUACUGACUACAAUUGUGUGUACACUAAAAGACUAACAUAUAUUUGUCCAUUUAAAACUUAAAUACAUUCACUCAAGUGUUUUCAGUGACAAUUGCCAAGUUUUGUUUGACAAUGUGGAGAUAAAAAAUGAGGAUAGUUAUUUAGUAUAUAAAAAAUAAUUAUUCUGUUGCUAAUUAAUAAUAAUUGUGUUAAUUUACAAAGUGUGAUCACUAGCCAAUUUUCAAGAUGACUUUUAAGGAAGAUUUACGUUUGUUACUUAAACCUUAUUAUUUAGUUAAUAUUCUCUUGAGUUUAUCGUAUAUUAUUGCCAAACAAGUACCUUUUAUUUGUUCAUAUCUUUUUUCUGAAGAUGAACGUGAAUUAGAUGGGAAAGAAACACAUAUUUUGUUUUUCUUAUUGUUUGUAAUAAUGAUAAGAACACGAAAAAGUGGAAGUGUUACAAUGAUACAUUAUUUAUCAACUAGUUUUGUUUAUACGAAAAUUACAAAUCUUAUUUUAUGGUUUUAUGCUGAUAUAAGAAUGGGUAUUUUGUUUGCUGUCAUUUUUAUAUUUUGUGCUUUAAUUCUUCCUGAACCGACGUAUCAAGGUCCUCAAAAUAUAACAUUUAUCAGAGGUGCUAAUGGUCUAGAAGAAGAAUUAAAUAGAGAUACACGCAUAGUCUGGGUUGUUGCAUUUUAUACAGCUUGGAAUCCAGCUUGUAAUACUUUUGCUCCAAUAUAUUCUCAAUUAUCAGCAGAAUAUGCUUUGGAGAAUUUAAGAUUUGGUAAAAUCGAUAUUGGGAGGUUUCCUGAUGCUGGAUUGAAAUAUCAUGUAAGCGAUGCAAGUACGAGUAAACAAUUACCGACAAUUAUUCUAUUCAAAAAUGGAAAAGAAGUUGACCGUCGGCCGUAUGCUGAUAAGAAUGGAAAACUUGUUAAAUUUCUUUUUUCAUUAGACAACAUGAAAGCUGCCUUCGACUUAAAUAAUAUUUAUAAAUUCUGCAAAACUAAUCCGCUGAAGAAAAAAGAAAAAAAAUCAAUCAAAGCUGAAUAAUCAGCGGGUUUUUAUUUUUAAUUCAUAAAAUAUCGCAUACCAAAUAAUACAUUUAAUUUAUGGAACGCCAUAAUUAUAUUUAAUUAAUUAUUUAAAGUCAAUAAUCAGUGGUAAGCAAUUACUAAACCACCGCUUGUGUUCGUUAUAAACUAUGCCACUUUUCAAUGUAUCUUUUUUUUUAUUCAUUUAUUGAAUAAUUUUUUUU